CGGGGCGGGGCCUGGGCGCGGGGCGGGGCCUGGGCGCGGGGCGGGGCCUGGGCGCGGGGCGGGGCCUGGGCGCGGGGCGGGAGGCGGUGACCAGCAGGAGUAGGAGAAAGAACAUGGCGGGCGCAUCGGGGCUCGGGACCGGCCCAGGAGCAGCCGGGGGAGACGGAGAUGAUUCGCUCUACCCAAUCGCGGUUUUAAUCGACGAGCUCCGCAAUGAAGACGUGCAGCUCCGACUCAACAGUAUUAAGAAGUUAUCAACAAUUGCCCUAGCACUUGGAGUAGAAAGGACGCGAAGUGAAUUGUUGCCAUUCCUUACAGAUACAAUUUAUGAUGAAGAUGAGGUACUAUUAGCUCUUGCUGAGCAGCUGGGAAAUUUCACUGGCCUAGUGGGAGGUCCUGACUUUGCCCACUGUCUGCUGCCUCCUUUGGAAAAUCUGGCAACUGUGGAAGAGACUGUUGUUCGUGACAAGGCUGUGGAGUCCCUGAGACAGAUCUCCCAGGAGCAUACUCCUGUUGCUCUGGAAGCUUAUUUUGUACCUCUGGUGAAACGCCUAGCAAGUGGGGAUUGGUUCACCUCUCGCACAUCUGCAUGUGGUUUACUCAGCGUUUGCUAUCCCAGGGCAUCAAAUGCUGUUAAAGCAGAAAUCAGACGGCAGUUCCGUUCCUUGUGCUCAGAUGACACACCAAUGGUACGACGUGCUGCUGCUUCCAAAUUGGGUGAAUUUGCAAAAGUUUUGGAAUUAGACAGUGUGAAAAGUGAAAUUGUUCCACUGUUCACUAAUCUAGCUUCAGAUGAACAGGAUUCAGUGCGCCUCCUUGCUGUGGAAGCUUGUGUCAGUAUUGCCCAGUUAUUGCCUCAGGAUGACCUUGAGACUUUGGUGAUGCCUACACUUCGACAAGCAGCAGAAGACAAAUCUUGGCGAGUUCGCUAUAUGGUGGCUGACAAAUUUUCAGAGCUCCAGAAAGCCAUGGGUCCUAAAAUCACUCUAAAUGACCUCAUUCCCGCCUUUCAGAACCUACUUAAAGACUGUGAAGCUGAAGUCCGGGCGGCUGCUGCCCACAAAGUAAAAGAACUUGGUGAGAACUUGUCCAUUGAAGAUAGAGAGACCAUAAUUAUGAAUCAAAUUCUGCCUUAUAUAAAGGAAUUAGUAUCCGAUACCAGUCAACAUGUCAAAUCGGCUCUAGCUUCUGUAAUUAUGGGAUUGUCUACUAUUUUAGGCAAAGAAAAUACCAUUGAACAUCUUCUACCUCUUUUUUUAGCUCAGUUGAAGGAUGAGUGUCCUGAAGUUCGUUUGAAUAUCAUCUCCAAUUUGGAUUGUGUAAAUGAAGUGAUUGGAAUCCGUCAGCUCUCUCAGUCUCUCCUUCCUGCCAUAGUGGAACUGGCAGAAGAUGCCAAAUGGAGGGUCCGACUGGCCAUCAUUGAGUAUAUGCCGCUGCUGGCAGGCCAGCUGGGUGUGGAAUUCUUUGAUGAAAAGCUGAAUUCUUUAUGUAUGGCUUGGCUGGUGGACCAUGUAUACGCCAUCCGAGAAGCUGCCACCAACAACCUCAUGAAACUAGUUCAGAAGUUUGGUACAGAGUGGGCCCAAAAUACCAUUGUUCCCAAAGUGUUAGUAAUGGCAAAUGAUCCUAAUUACUUGCAUAGAAUGACCACUUUAUUCUGCAUUAAUGCACUGUCUGAGGCCUGUGGUCAGGAAAUAACCACUAAGCAAAUGCUGCCCAUCGUAUUAAAAAUGGCAGGAGACCAAGUAGCAAAUGUUCGCUUCAAUGUGGCCAAAUCUUUACAAAAAAUUGGACCAAUUCUAGAUACCAAUGCUUUACAGGGAGAAGUUAAGCCAGUACUACAGAAGUUAGGUCAAGAUGAAGACAUGGAUGUCAAAUACUUUGCACAGGAAGCUAUAAGUGUGGUGGCACAAAGGCUGAGGAAGCUAGAUUUUCCUGUGAAGGACAGUAGAGAACCCAGUGUCCCUCGGGCUGACAAGAACCACUUCCCAAGACCCAGAGUGCCUGGAGAGGACACGGCGAAGGGGCCAGUGUAUCAGUUGCAUGGAGAUAAUAGAGACACACUUGCCUAGCUGGAAAUUGCAGAGCUAGUGCGUUUCUCCCAAAGCACAGACUAAUACCCCAGAUUAAAAAAAAGAACAUAAAAAAUAAAGUACCACACAUAUUGCACUUUUGGUCGAAUGAAAUUUUUACCUCACGUUCAUCUCACCAGUCUCUUCAGAGGAGCCUGGUUUACAGGGUGAUGAAGCUGAUGAUGAUACAGUAGUGUACACACUGCUAAUGUGAAACAGGCUGGAAAGCAAGUCAGUACUUCAGAGUAGCCCCACAGAAAAAGAGCGAUACUAAGCCUUCUUAGUGUUAUGUUAGUAUUGAUGAAGAGCAAACUGCUUGGAAGCUUCCAUGGGUCACUAGUUAGGGACAGAGCAGCACAGGUUAUCAGACAGAGCUGAGCAAACACCUGACUGACCAAAAGAACCAGUCUCCUCAGCAGCUUACAUUGCAGUCAAUACAGAGGGUUAUGGAAUUUAUUGAUUUCUGCUUGAAAUAAACAAGAUAAGCAAAUAGGAGCUUACAACACAGGUCCCAGCAGGAGGGGUCAUGCUCUGCAUCAGGCCGGUGUCCACGCCGCUGCCGUGUCUGAUGGCUCCCGAUAGGCCUGGCUGCUGUGGGGCACCUUUCGAUUUCUCUCUGCGUCCUUAACCUUCCAGUAGCCUCUCUGCAGUUCCUCAUCGGCUGGCCUAACCGUCCUGCCAUAGCUCCCAGGUCUCCUGGGCUAAGCAGCUCAUGGCAUUGUUGGGGGGCAGUUUAUGUCGAUCUGUAACUACACCAUUCCUGCAGUUCUGAAAUGGGCAGCCCCCAUUUUCAAUCUGGAGGCAUUUUAAUAUCACAAAUAUUGUAACACUUCUGUAGUAUAUUUUGGGAAAACGUCUUCCUUCAGUCUAAACAAAUCAAGCCCCAUUUUAUAACUGGCUAUUUUGCAAAGACUCAAAACAGAUUAGAGAUCUUAAUGAAAUGAUCUCUUAAAUGAAAUGAUGUUCUUUAUUUCACGAAAUCAUCAAUCUUAAGCACGAGCAGGAAUAAACAACUCCCAGAAGGAGCUUAAUUCAUUCUUCCUGGAUUUUCACUGUGUGUUAUUAAAUCACAAAAAUGACAGUCCCCACACUGCCCUUUCCCACUGACACCGAGUCCAACCAUGAGCACUGUGCCUCCGCGAAGCAUCCUGGCACCCAUGGUGAGUGCUGGCGACCAGGCAGUCUCUGGCCAGCAACAGGGACUGCUCAAGUUACCCACGUUGGUAGGAGCUGGGCUCGCAUGGCCAGAAUGGAACCCCCUAGACUUUCCACACGUCACUUGCGUGGACACUAACUACAAAGAGGAAAGGCAACUUAAAGGUGUUUUCUAGGUGCAGCAUCAGUUAGUCCCUCUCUUUGUGCUUUAAGGAAAUGCUUUGUGCUUAACACAUUCAUCUGCUGAUGGGACAAGCCAUUCUAACGGGCAGAAACGAUCAUCUUUAGAAUUAACACUGACUUUGUAACACCUGGAUGUUAACUGUCCAAAUGGCAAAUUAUUCAUCAUUUCUAGGGAUACAGUUAGCUAGCUGUAGCAUCUAAGUUUUACUUACUUUGAUGACUGAAUUGUAAGUGUUGGUUAAGUUUUAUUAGUAAUAUAAUGUUUGGCAGAUGAUCUGCUUAAAUGGUUAACACAUCUGUGGUUCUUUGAAUAUUGCUGUAAUACUUGAACAUUUCAUUACAAGUCAAAACUUUAAGGAAAUUAAUUAAGAAGCUGACUCCCACAUGGUGGAAAACAAACUCUGAAGUGACUUUGGAUUUAGCAUUAACAUAAAUGGAAACUGUUGGUUUCUACAGAAAAGAAAGAAUUAAAGCAUGAUCUGGGGGAAAGGCACCGCACUACCACUUCACAUGGGAUGGAAAAGUUCAUUUAUCAUGUCCUUAAAAUCUCUAAGCCCUAUAUGAAACUGUCCAAAUAUACAAAGCUCAAUAAACUACUAGCAACAUA